AAAGUCCUUCUUGGAGAAAACUGCAUUCUUUUUUUGUCCUUUGAAACUAUAAAUCUUAUCAUGUCUUUGAAAUGUAAACAUAGCCCCCAAUCCCCUAAGACUAGGGAAAAAGGGAAAGAGGCCUUUCAAAAACACAAACUGCUAAAAAGCUCUCUUGCCUGGAUCACUGCCUCCUGAAGACAAAUGCAAAUCAGCUACACUUUUACUCAGAUGCAUUACAGAAGUGUUCCUGUAAAAAUACUUCAUCUUCAAGAAGAUUCAUGAAAAAUACUCGAAUACAGAUUUCUACUAACCUUAAGGGCAUAAAACUGAACAGGGUGCCACCUCAAUAUCCUCCAAUUCAAAGUAUCAGAGUACAGUUUACCAGAUGUGAUAAUGAGAAAGGUUUCAUCAUCACAUCCCCAAGCAAGUAUGAGACCAUGAAGGUGCAAGACAACGCAAUCAUCAUCCGUUGUGAUGGAUUUUAUCUCAUCUCCCUGAAGGGCUACUUCUCCCAGGAGCUCAGCCUCAGCCUUCAUUACCGGAAAGGUCGGGAACCCCUCUUCUCCCUGAGCAAGGUCAAGUCUGUCAACUCCAUUGCGGUGCCCUAUCUGGCUUUCAAGGACAAAAUCUACUUGAAUGUGACCACUGAUGAUACCUCUUGUGAAGACAUCCAGGUGAAUGGUGGGGAACUGAUUCUCAUUCAUCAAAAUCCUGGUGGAUUCUGUGCCUACUGAAGACUUGAUGGCCACAUCUGAGCCAGGCACCAGCAUGGACACAGAGCUGGGGGUGGACAGGACAGUGAUUCUACCUUGAGGGUAGAGGAGCUGUCCCGAUUCGGCCCCUGUAUCUGGCCACACAGGAUGUGACCAGAAGCAGAUUCCCCCACUCAGGGAUAUUUAAUACUUAUUUGACACACCACUUAACUUUAUUUAUCCUCAUAUCUUGUCAAGCUAGCCUUCAUCCAUCACGACUGCCUCAAGCCUCUAAGGCACAUCUGUGAGAAUGAGAAAAUGUGUCUCUCCCUUAAGACACAUUGCUUCUAUUGGUCAAGAAAUUGUCACAGUAAACUUUUCUUAUUAAAUAAGACACUUGACUACCAUU